AUGAAGCUUUCUAAUCCCGGGUCAGUGGCCGUGUACACUGUCUCAGGCGCAUCGACAGCCCGAGCUCUGCCAGACUGGCUCGCCAGACGGCGGAAGCGAAGUCUCAAGAACGACCCCGAGUACCAGAACCGAGUUGAGAUUCUUCAGGACUUCGAAUUCGAAGAGGCCAGCAAUUGUAUCCGUGUCAGCGACGAUGGUGACUGGGUCAUGAGCACCGGCACUUACAAGCCCCAAAUCCACGUUCACAACCUUUCUGAAUUGUCACUCUCCUUCGCCCGCCAUACGACUUCUCUCAACCACAGCUUUGUUCUCCUCUCCCCCGACUACUCCAAAUCCCUACAUCUUCAGAUUGACCGAAAGCUCGAGUUCCACACACCCAUGGGCUGCCACUAUGAAGUCCGUCUCCCCCGAUACGGUCGAGAUCUGAAAUACGAUCGCCAAUCAACAGAAGCCCUCAUUCCGGCGGUCGGGCUCGAUGCAGACGGGAAGGGCGAGGUCUUCAGAAUGAAUCUAGAGCUUGGGCGGUUCAUGCGAUCGUACCAAGUUGAUGUCGGUGGUGAUGAUGAGACGACCGGGGGCGGCCUUCAAGGUGGAAUUGGAGUCGGCAGUGUCAACACUGCCGCCAUUGCAGAGGAAACACACAAUCUACUGGCUUUCGGUACUUCGAUCGGAACCGUUGAAUUCUGGGAUCCGCGCUCCAAGGCCCGGGUCGCCCUCCUUGCUGGUCACGAGGGUGAGGUCACUGCGCUAGAUUUCAGUUCGACUGGUUUAUCCAUCGCAACGGGAUCCUCAACUGGAAUGAUGCAAUUGUUUGAUCUCCGUAGACCGACGCCGCUCCUGAAGAAGGACCAUGGGUAUGGCUUCCCCGUCAAGAAGCUCAUUCAUAUGACCACCUCCUCCCAGGAGAAGAAGGUUUUGUCAGCCGAUAAGCGAAUAAUCAAGAUCUGGGAUGAGGCAGACGGUACUCCUUGGACGUCUGUUGAACCGGUGGUGGAUAUCAACGAUGUUGCAUGGUGCAAGAAUUCGGGCAUGCUCCUCACAGCCAACGAAGGCAAGCAACAACAUGCUUUCUUCAUUCCUCAACUCGGUGCAGCGCCGAAAUGGUGUACAUUCCUCGACAACAUGGUGGAAGAAAUGGCCGAGGAAGUUCGAACCGAAACCUACGACAACUACAAGUUCCUCACACUCCCAGAACUAAAGCAGCUCAGCUUGGGCCAUCUGGUCGGCAAGACAAAUCUUCUCCGGCCUUAUAUGCACGGUUACUUUGUGGCGUCCAAGCUUUAUGAGCAGGCAAGAUUAAUCGUGAACCCAUACGUUUGGGAAGAGGAAAGGAUGAAGCGCGUGAAGGAGAAGGUUGAGAAGGAGCGCGCGACUAGAAUCAGGGGCAACAAGAAGGUCAAGGUCAAUCAGAGACUGGUUGACAAGCUCCUCAGCAAACAGGCCAACAGAGAGGAAGUGGACACCAAGGCCGGCCUGUUGGGAGAUGAUCGAUUCACCAAGAUGUUCGAGGACGAGGAAUUCAACGUUGAUGAGACGAGCAAGGAAUUCCGAGCGCUCAACCCAAGCACUUUUAUUGAGACACCAGCUGAGGCGCACCCUGUCGCACGAUAUCAGGGCAAGGACUCUGAUGAAGAGGACAGUGAGAACGAGGAAAGUAAGAAUGCCAUCCGGGCAUCAAGACGCACGGAUGUCAUCUCCAUGCAUGUCUCCUCGACCCAAAAUGGCGGUGGAAAAAUCAAGGACACAUCACUGGGGUCGAGAAGAGCCAAACCGGCUCGGGACAGGCCACAGCGCAGCGAGGUUGGGGGUGAGCGACAGGUCACAUUCAUGCCAGCGUCGCAGAGAAAGAAUAAGCAGGCGGAGGAGCCAGAGGCUCCGAGGAGAAAAUCAAAUAAUGCCAGAAGGAGUGCCAGCUCCAACACAUUUAGGAAGAUGUGA